AUUGUCACCCUAGGACAGGGGUGGACUGACAACUCAUGGGGCCCCAGGGCAAUAGGGGAUCAUGGGGCCCCUGUGUCCUUGCCCAGACUCAAAAAAGGCUAUGAAAAAGGUACCAGGGGCAUCUCAUGGGGCCCCCUACUGACCCCGGGCCCUCGGGCAGUGCCCGAGUUUCCAAAUGGUCAGUCCGCCCCUGCCCUAGAACAAAUGAUAUGGGGAAAGGGAGUGGCAGAAGACUUCAGCUUUCAACUAUAACAGCCGGCAACAGCACGAGGGACACUUCGUAAUAAAUCUAAAUACCGUCCUUUGCACUGAUUUUUUUUAUUUUAUUUU